UUGAAUUGAAAUAAAAAUAACAAAUAACCUCUUAAAUGUAUGUAAAGCAACAAACACAAUGAUAAUUAUUAUUAAAUAAACCAAUUUUACACAGUAAUUAAGAUUAUAUCAAGGAUCGAGGAAAUAUACAAAGUCUACAAUGUUAUCGUGUGUGGUGUAUGGUUGUACUAACAACAGUAUCACGAGUGAUUCGUCCAUAAAAUAUUAUCCUUUUCCAAAAGAUUCACUUGCUCAACAAUGGGCCGAGGCAUGUGGUUGGCAGAGCAACACUUUAGAUUUAGACACAGCUCGCGUCUGUUCUAUACAUUUUGACGAAACAGCUUACAAUUCAGAAAUAAAAAUGGUAGACUUUGUUGCCUGCUAUUCCAAAACUCUCAGAUCUGAUGCCAUACCGACAUUAUAUCUGCCUCAGACUCAAAUACUUAUUAAAGACAACUCCGUUGAAUUAGAAAAUGGUGUAGUCGUAUACACAAUAAAUUCAAGUAACUCGGACGAAGGGAUCACAACAAUUUCUUUAGAAGAUGGUGCUGGUUGCAAACAAAUCUUUGAACUUCAGCCGCCCACAGCCGAUGUUAAAUUAGAAUCACAACCAAAUUCUUUAAAGAAUGAAAUAUGCAAUCAUAAUGAAAAAUACGACAGUGUUAAAAGCUAUCCUGAUUUGUACUUGUUACAGGCCCAUAAUAAGAGCUUAAAAAGGAAAGUGGAGGUGUUAGAACAAGAGUUAGAUGCCCUCCAAAUAAAGUUGGCUGAAAAAGAAAGUGAUUACACCAAGUAUGAUGUUGCAUGUAAAGAUCUGGAAUCCCAAAUAACUAAUAAGAACAUGUUUUCACAACAGGAGCAGAAAAUGGUACUCUCCAAAGUUUUCUCAGAGGCACAAAUUAAAAUUCUGUUUGGAAAGAAAAAAGUUUAUUGGAGUAACGACGAUAUGGCAGUCGGGUAUAUUAUCAGGCAUUUAAGUAAUAAACGUUGUUACAGUUACCUGACGAAGACUUUAAAAAUACCUUUGCCGGGUGUUUCUAGUAUUAAAAGGUGGGUGACUGCUAAAAAGACGAAAAAGAUAAGGAGUUAACAGGAACCAAAGGGAAGAUAAAUAUUUACAAUUGAAAACUGAAAAAGUGUAAAUUAACAUUUAUUUAGAAAAAUAUAUUCCAAGCAUCAACCUUA